UAUUUCUUGCUUUGCUUUGCUUUGCUUAGCUUAGCUUAGAGCUUCACAGCGAACGGUCUUAUAGUUUUGUUGCUUUCUGGUUUCUGCUAAAAUGGAGGGGCCUUAGCUCUUUGCUUCUUCGUUCGUCCUCUCUUUGUAACUUGUCUUGUACAUUUUCUGUUAAGAGGUUUAAGAUCUCCGUCUCUUCGAUUGGUCUGCGUAAUUGAUCAGGCAAGUUACCUGAAAUUUUAAGUUUCUCUGUUCUUUAGAACUCUUUCACUUUCUUACUUGGAGAGUUGGAGUUGUUCUGGUUGAGAUCUAACAAUCCACUGGUACGCGAGGAAAUCUUAUAGUUCUGGAAACAUACGCCUAAUGUCUCCGCCUUUGCUUGGCGUCGUGGAAGGGCAGGGGAAUGUCUCUCUGGUAGCCUCACCGGCCUCUGCAGAUAGUAGCUGCCAGAAUAACUCUGAAUUAAAAGAGCGUAACUACAUGGGAUUAUCUGAUUGUUCUUCAGUAGACAGCUCUGCACUCUCAAGUUUGUCUGAAGAAAAAAAUAGCAGCCUGAAUCUGAAAGCAACAGAGCUGAGGCUUGGGCUUCCUGGAUCCCAAUCUCCCCAGAGGGAUUCAGAGCUGUCCUUGCUGAGCCCCGGAAAACUAGAUGAGAAACCUUUGUUUCCUUUACUUCCUUCAAAGGAUGGUACUCAGUCUUCAUUGCAGAAGGGUGCUGUUUUAGGAAACAAGAGAGGGUUCUCGGCUGCCAUGGAUGGUUUCUCUGAAAUGAAAAGUGCUGCGUUUACUGAAGGAAAUUGGAUGUUUCCUGCUACUGGCUCUGACUCACAAACUGCUCAAUCGGCACCUCAAGGGAAAUUUUCUGUCAACUCGGGAGUUAAUGUUAUGCUAGCUCCUAGGCCUUCCCUGAACUCAGGGGUGAAAUCUGUUUCUGUGAAGGAGCAUUCUGGAGCUCAGACAGGCGUGUUGAAAGAAGCUACUACGCCAGUUAAGGUAUUACAAGAGAGGCCUCAUGCUGCCAAUGAUAACAGCCAUAAUCCUAGUGGUGCUGCUAAGAACAAUAGCAGUGCACCUGCUGCCAAGGCACAAGUUGUGGGUUGGCCACCAAUUAGAUCAUUUAGAAAGAACACUCUGGCGACCACUUCCAAAAACAAUGAUGAAGUCGAUGGUAAACCAGGCCCAGGUGCUCUUUUCGUCAAGGUCAGCUUGGACGGUGCUCCUUAUUUGAGGAAGGUAGACGUCAGAAUGUACUCUGCAUAUCAGGAGCUCUCUUCUGCACUGGAGAAGAUGUUCACCUGUUUUACCAUAGGCCAGUGUGGAUCGCAUGGAGAUCCAGGGAGGGAGAUGCUGAGUGAGAGUAAGCUGAGGGACCUACUACAUGGGUCAGAAUAUGUUCUUACCUAUGAGGACAAGGAUGGUGACUGGAUGCUUGUGGGAGAUGUCCCGUGGGAGAUGUUUAUUGAUUCAUGCAAAAGGUUGAGGAUCAUGAAGAGCUCUGAUGCAAUUGGCUUAGCUCCAAGGGCAAUGGAGAAAUGCCGGAACAGAAACUAGGUAUCGGCUCAACAUCAUGGCUGCUUUCCAGCCAGCAAUUCAUAUUUGAAAGUAUCCACGGGAGGGUAGGGAAGCAAAUGGAGAAGAGACCGUGAUUCAGGAAGGAAUGGUGUGACUGGAUGCAAUGGUCUGGAAGGCAGGUCAUGGGGUUAGAUGCUUAGUGUUUUUUUUUUAUUUUUUUAUUUUUGCUUUCCUGAUAAUUCAUCUUGCUUUUAAUUGUCCUGAGUCUUAUAAUUAUAAAGCUGAGGCCACAACUUAUGGGAGUACCUCUCUUGGUAAUUUGAUUUGUCUGGUGAGUUCCUGUUUCCCCACAGGAACAGGAACUCUUAGUAUGUAAAGUGUUUGACUUAUUGCUUGA